CGAUCAGUUGCAGUUACACCGACGCCGAUACCACACAGAUUUUCGAAAUGUUUGCCCACAUAGCGGACUUUCUGAACCGUUCCCCGCCGGAUCCUGUGCGACUUCCAUUCACCAGCAGCCACUGGCCCGUUCUGAUAAUACUGACCACCUAUAUGGUGCUAAUAAAAAUCGUAGGGCCGAUGUUUAUGCAGAACCGAAAGCCCUACGAUCUACUUGGGAUAAUAAAGGCCUACAACAUCAUGCAAAUCAUAUACAAUACGGUCUCCCUUGUCUUUUCUGUCCACUUUAUGCUCGGGCCUGGAAACUUCAACUUUAAAUGCAUCACCAACCUGCCGUUGGAUCAUGAGUACAAAACCUGGGAGAGAUGGGUCACCUACUCGUAUUUCUUCAACAAACUGUUGGAUCUUCUGGAGACUGGCUUCUUUAUCCUGCGAAAGAAGAAUCGACAGAUAUCAUUUCUGCACGUCUUCCAUCACGUUUACAUGGUGUAUAUAUGCUUUUUGUACAUAUACUAUUUUGGCUAUGGUGGCCACGGUUUGUUCUUGGUCACCUUUAACGUAGUCGUGCACAUCAUGAUGUACACCUACUACUACCAGUCGUCUCAAGCCCAGAAUUCACAAGAUCUGUGGUGGAAAAAGUACAUCACCAUUGUCCAGAUGCUACAGUUCGGAAUCAUUCUGGCGCACAGCCUUUAUGUCCUCCGGCAACCCGACUGCCCCGCAUCCCACUUGUCAGCUACUUGGGGAUCACUUAUAUCGGUUGUAUUUUUAAUUCUAUUUGGCAACUUCUAUGUUCGCGCAUACAUUCUUCCGCAGAAGAAAGUAAAGCGAAGGGCACAUUAAAUAAAACCAAGUUGAUCAAAUCCUAGA